AUGAUAAUAUGCCUACGCAUCGCUCUUCCACCCAGACCUACUGCUUCCGCCCUUGGCCCGGUACGCUCAUUCAAAGCUUGGCCAGGAAUGACUGGAAUGACCGUGCUCCUCGGCGUCAUGCCCUUGUUCAUGCAGCCUCAGCCCAUCAAUCGGAGAUGGAUGGAACCACUUUUGCCUCUGGCUUGUGCUCCUUGACUUAACUAGAGAGCAUGCUCCUCAUUAUGACUGUUUGAUUCCUCCUCUCUUCCGCCGACUGUCGUCUAUACCUUGCUUGUCCUUCCCUCGCCACUCCCCGUGUGUCGAGUCUGUAUCACCAUCUCACGCUUGCCUGAGUCGCGUGAGGGGCAUUGAGUGCCAUUGCAUCUGCUUCCCUUCCCUCUUAUGACGUCGACCCUGAACAAGAUUUCCGACACAUUCAAAAUGGGUUCAUCUGACCAGGAAGAGCAACAAUAUCUACAAGAGGUCGAAGCUGUCAAGAAGUGGUGGACUGAUUCCAGAUGGCGCUACACAAAGAGACCAUUUACCGCCGAGCAGAUUGUGCAAAAGCGAGGGACCAUCAAGAUCGAAUAUCCCAGCAAUGCCCAGGCUAAGAAGCUAUGGAAGCUGGUCGAGGACCGGUUUGCUACCAAAACUGCUUCAGCCACAUACGGUUGUCUCGAACCCACCAUGCUCACCCAGAUGAACAAAUAUCUCGAUACUGUCUACGUCUCAGGUUGGCAGUCUUCCUCAACCGCUUCCUCCAGCGACGAGCCCGGACCCGAUUUGGCGGAUUAUCCCAUGACCACUGUGCCGAAUAAGGUUCAGCACUUGUUCAUGGCCCAACUCUUCCACGACCGGAAACAGCGUGAAGAACGUUUAACCACCCCCAAAGACAAGCGAGGGUCCUGCCCGAACGUUGAUUACCUACGGCCCAUCAUUGCCGAUGCCGACACCGGCCACGGCGGUUUGACCGCAGUCAUGAAAUUGACAAAAAUGUUCGUCGAGAAGGGUGCAGCGGGAAUUCACAUUGAAGAUCAGGCCCCUGGGACAAAGAAGUGCGGUCAUAUGGCAGGCAAAGUCCUCGUACCAAUUUCCGAACACAUCAAUCGCCUCGUGGCAAUCCGCGCGCAGGCCGAUAUUAUGGGCGUCGACCUUUUGGCCGUGGCCCGCACAGAUUCCGAAGCCGCGACCCUGAUCACCACGACGAUCGAUUAUAGAGACCACCCCUUCAUCAUGGGCAGCACGAACAAGAACAUGCAGCCCCUCAACGAUCUGAUGGUUGCGGCCGAGCACGCAGGCAAGAACGGCGACCAACUCCAGGCCAUUGAGGAUGCUUGGACAGAGCAGGCCGGACUCAAAGUCUUUGAUGACGCUGUCAUCGACACAAUCAACGCAGGCGUACACGUCGACAAGGCCGGCUUGAUCGCGAAAUACAAGCAAGCGGCCAAGGGCAAGAGCAACAGCGAGUCCCGUGCCAUCGCGAAGGGAUUGACUGGUGUGGAUAUUUACUGGGACUGGGACGCCCCACGCACGCGCGAGGGCUAUUACAGGUACCAAGGCGGUUGCCAAUGUGCGGUGAACAGGGCUAUCGCGUACGCGCCCUACGCUGACAUGAUUUGGAUGGAGAGCAAGUUGCCCGACUAUGCGCAGGCCAAGGAGUUUGCGGAUGGCGUGCAUGCAGUGUGGCCGGAGCAGAAACUCGCCUAUAACUUGUCGCCUAGCUUCAACUGGAAAGCCGCGAUGGAGGCCAAGGACCAAGAGACCUAUAUCCAGCGUCUGGCUGAGUUGGGCUAUUGCUGGCAAUUUAUCACGCUAGCAGGCCUGCACUCGACAGCGUUGAUCUCAGACACGUUCGCCAAGGCAUUCGCCAAGCGUGGCAUGCGUGCGUACGGCGAGUUGGUCCAGGAGCCUGAGAUGGCUAACAAUAUCGACGUCGUGAAGCAUCAGAAGUGGAGCGGCGCGAAUUAUAUGGAUAAUAUGCUCAAGAUGGUGACUGGCGGAGUUAGCAGCACGAGUGCAAUGGGCAAGGGCGUGACGGAGGAUCAAUUCCAUUGAUCCUGCGGACUGCCAGUGGUGGCGAGAGUACUUGCUUGAUGGGGCCGACAGAAGGCUGGCAGGACCUGGGGAAGGAAGGUUGAAGAUGAGAGUAUAUGUGCGAUAUGAGUUGGGCGUACCAGGUGCGUUGAGUCGAUUGAGAUGUGCGUACAGAUGGCAGAAUCUACGAUCUGAAGAUGUGUCCAUGAAGGAGAAAUAUGUCAUAGUUGCUGGAUAUAUCACAUGUAUAGGUUGAAUCACAAAAGAAUCUACAGCAA